CUGAGCGUCACACUCUGCCGGAGAGUCCCGCCUCUGUCCCCCUCCAACCGCACCCCACAGUCCUGGGUGCUCACGAUCCGCCUCCUACGGAAGCCGAAGCGUACAGUCAGAAUCCGGAAGAAAAACAACCUGGAGGGAAAAGUGCCUCUGAUACCGGCGACCUAGGGCUGCCUCGGCCCGCACUGGCUGGAGCGCGGAGACACGAGCCUACGGGGUCACCGCUUGGGAAUGAUGUCGGCUGCGUGUCCACGGAGGCCGAACGCUCCGAAAGGCUGUGUACUCAGUAUCUUUUACACAGUAUACAUGUUCUGACAUGGAAUGUGGCCUCAGCAGCCCCCACUGUGGACCUCAGUGACCUACUUCAGCUGAACAACCAAGACCUGAAUCUGGACAUGUAUAUCAUUGGUUUGCAGGAAAUGAAUUCUGGACUCAUAAGCCUUCUUUCUGACGCUGCUUUUGAAGACCCAUGGAGCAGUUUCUUCAUGGAUGUGCUUUCCCGCCUGAACUUUGUCAAGAUCUCCCAAGUCCGCAUGCAGGGGCUUCUCUUACUGGUCUUUGCCAAGUAUCAGCAUUUGCCCUACAUCCAGAUCAUCUCUACAAGAUCCACCCCUACUGGCCUCUACGGGUACUGGGGGAACAAAGGGGGAGUCAACAUCUGCCUGAAGCUAUAUGGCUACUAUGUCAGCAUCAUCAACUGCCACCUGCCUCCCCAUAUGUCCAACAAUGAUCAGCGGCUGGAGCACUUCGACCGAAUCUUGGAGAGUCAGACUUUUGAGGGAAACAAUAUCCCCAACAUCCUGGACCAUGACCUCAUUCUGUGGUUUGGAGACAUGAACUUUCGCAUUGAGGACUUUGGGUUGCUCUUUGUUCAGGAGUGUGUAGCAAAGCAGUACUACCACGAGCUGUGGAAGAAGGACCAGCUCUGCAUUGCCAAGAGACAUGACCCGCUGCUCCGGGAGUUCCAGGAAGGUGCCCUGCUCUUCCCACCCACCUACAAGUUUGACAGGCACUCCAACAACUAUGACACAAGUGAGAAAAAACGCAAGCCUGCAUGGACUGACCGCAUCCUGUGGAGGCUGAAGCGGCAGCCCCAGGCCAGCCCCUUGGCCUCCAGCCUGCCAACCUCCUACUUCUCGCUGACGCUAAAGAGCUACGUCAGCCACAUGUCAUACAGCAUCAGUGACCAUAAGCCUGUCACUGGGACCUUCGAACUGGAGCUGAACCCCCUGAUGUCUGUCCCACUGGUCACCAUGAUGCCUGAAUACCUGUGGACCAUGGAGAAUGACAUGUUGAUUAGCUACACCUCCACCCCAGAGUUCCUCAGCAGCCCCUGGGACUGGAUCGGACUGUACAAGGUAGGGAUGCGCCACAUUAACGACUAUGUGUCCUAUGUCUGGGUUGGCGACAACCAAGUCUCCUUUAGCAACAACCCAAACCAGGUAUACAUCAACAUCAGUGAUGUCCCUGAAACUGAGGAUCAGUUUCUUCUCUGUUAUUAUAGCAACAAUCUGCACUCUGUAGUAGGGAUAAGUCAGCCUUUCAAGAUCCCGCUUCGCUACUUUUUGAGGGAUGACGCACUGUAUGAGCCUGGGCCACAGAUCUGAGUCCAGAUGGGAGUGAAUGAAUCCGGGGCGGAGGCUAGAGAUGGAAGCCAGCUCUGCCUCAGCACUGCCAGGAGCACUGGGUCUGGCCUAGCCCCUGAGGAGGCAGCUGAGUAUCCUCUAGCUCCCCACUUCCGGGGGAGCUCAGCCAGACUCCUCUGUUCUCCCCAGGCCAUUUAAUACAGGUUCUUGUUACUGA